GAAAAAAAAGAUUAUUUUGGUGUCAUGCAAGAAAAAAUUGGGGAAAUGAAUGGAAUAAAAUUAUAUUCAGUGAUGAGAGUAGGUUCUUACUAUUUCAAAAUGAUUCAAAUGAUUGGGUUUGGAGAAUGCCAGGAGAAAGAUAUAAAAAAGAACAUUUAAGUCCAACAGUAAAACAAUCUGAUGGAAUCAUGGUUUGGGUUGUUUUACAAGAAGAAAAAUGG